CAACUCAGCAAGGCAAGCGAGCGAAGAGAACCCGUCGUCUCCUUCCGCUCGACAUCAUCUCCCGAUUCCCAAUCCCAAACCGCGCCCAACCUCCGCGGCAAACCCUAACCCCGGUGGCCCGGUCCCAACCCCCAGAAUCACCGCUCUACCCGUCAAUAACCCCAAAUCCAACCGCCAAUUCGGCAUGCCCGUCCACGGAAACCCGUGCCCCUGACCUCGCCGGCGAUGAUCGCGUCGCAGCCGCGCCGGGUCAGGCCCCUCGCCGCCGUCUCCCUGGUGCUCUUCCUCCUCCUCCUGUACAGCCGCUCCGAUGGGGGCUCGGCGCGCGCUCCAGCGCUCCUGGGCUCCGUGUUGCGCCCGGUGCACCGCAGAUUCCUCUCCGAUGCCGAUCCUGCCGGCCCCGCACCCAGCGGCGCAAACCUUUCGGAGGUCGCUACGCUGAACGGCGAGCAGCCAGAGGAUCCUUCCAUCGCGUGCGCUGGCGUCGCGCGGCACGAGGGGUUCGAGACGCAGUGCGAAUUCCUCCGGGCCCACCCCCAGUGCAGCUCCGGCGGGUUCGUGGACUACCUAGGUUUCUUCUACUGCAGAUGCAAUAGGUUCAGGGUGCUGGGCUACGCCGUGCUCGGGGUGUGCCUGGCGGCGCUGUUCUAUAUGCUGGGUAACACUGCCGCCGACUACUUCUGCUGCAGCCUCGAGAAGAUGUCAGCCCUGUUGCGGCUCCCGCCGACAGUGGCUGGUGUGACGCUGCUUCCAUUUGGUAAUGGGGCUCCUGACGUGUUUGCAAGCAUUGCAGCGUUUAUGGGGAGCGGUGCAGGUGAUGUGGGGCUGAAUAGCGUGUUGGGCGGAGCCGUAUUUGUGACUUGUGUCGUGGUUGGGGCAGUUUCGCUGUGUGUCGCAGAGAAGAAUGUGCAGAUUGAUCGAAGGUGCUUUGUGAGGGAUGUUGGGUUCUUUCUUGUGACUCUGGUUGCGCUGUCUGUAGUGUUGAUCGCUGGGAAGGUGACUGUUUGGGGAGCUAUGAUGUUCGUGUCAAUUUAUGCAAUCUAUGCAUUUGUAGUGGCUGCAAAUGAGGUAUUGAGGAAACAUGCCCGGAGGCUGAAGUUUGACGUGGUCACGCCAUUGCUGCCUGUGAGGGGAAGUAUCUUUGAACAAGGAACAGAUGAGGAUGAGUCAGUGUACAGUUCACUUCUUGUGGAGGAUGCAGAUGGUGAAGCCUCCCAAAUAAACACAUCCUUGCCUCAGUGGAUGUGGGCUUCUCAUGUGGCCAUCUACUCAAAUCAUGCGACUGGAGUCGGUUCCCCUGAUAGCUCAAGACCAUUGUGGGGUUGGAGUGAAGGAGAAGCGGAUACCUCCACGCCUAAUAUCUCCAAGCUGUUUUUGUUUAUGGAGCUGCCCUUGACGAUACCAAGAAGGUUGACUAUUCCAAUUGUUGAGGAAGACCGCUGGUCGAAAGAGUAUGCUGUUGCAAGUGCUUGCUUGGCACCUGUUCUUUUGGCAUUUCUGUGGAGCAGUCAGGAUGGGGUAUCCACCAAAGCUAGCAUAGCAGCAUAUGUGAUAGCUAGCAUUUUGGGGAUUGGACUAGCUGCUCUGGCUUUCCUGUUCACCAGUAGUGAACGCCCUCCACGGAGAUUUUUGUUCCCUUGGGUUUUUGGAGGGUUUGUGAUGAGCAUCGUUUGGUUCUACAUCGUCGCUAAUGAACUCGUUGCACUUUUGGUUGCUUUGGGUGUGAUAUUGGGGAUCAAUCCUUCAAUUCUUGGGUUAACAGUUCUAGCUUGGGGGAAUUCAAUGGGUGACUUAAUGUCAAAUGUUGCUCUGGCGAUGAAUGGAGGUGAUGGAGUGCAGAUUGCUAUGUCUGGAUGUUAUGCCGGACCUAUGUUCAAUACACUUGCUGGUUUGGGACUCUCAAUGCUUCUCGGAGCUUGGUCAACAGCACCCAGUUCGUAUGUUCUUCCGCAAGACCGCUCUCUUAUUUACACUAUGGGCUUUCUUGUCGCUGGAUUGAUCUGGGCUCUUGUUAUGCUGCCGCGAGGUGACAUGCGGCCUAAUAAGAUACUUGGAAUUGGCCUAAUUGCUCUUUACUCAGUUUUUCUUUUUAUUAGGGUAAGCAAUGCUAUGGGGAUAUUGCCACUACCUGGCUUGAGUUAGUAUAUGUUCUUGUACUGUAAAGAUGCGAUGCACAUCAAACUACUUGUCCUUGAUUGUCAUUUUUACAAAUGAAAUGGAGUUAUAUGGUGCCCUUCCAUUCUGGCCUUGUGUGUCAAA